AAAUAUACUCAGAUUGUAUAUAUUUCUUGUGUAGUUAUAGUAGUGCAGAACAAAUUGUAUGUUAAAAUAUGAAAAUUAAAUGGCAGACGUUCCCAAAGUUAUUUGUAGUGCUACCAAUAUUACACUAUGUGCUUUCAAUGAUAGUGCAUGCCGAAUCCGAGGAGCACAAGCGGAAGAAGGAGCUGGCUGAAAAAGCCAAUUCAAAGGCGAAAACUGUAUUAGAAAUACCAACCGAGACUUAGCUGCAGGGGACACCCUGUAAAAGGGAAUUGCAAAAGGCUUUUUGCUUUUGUGUGGUAAGGAAGUAAAUGCACACAAAUUACCCUCAGCCGAAAAGCUAUCGACAAGGCUCGACGACACCGGCAGCAACAACAACUGAAUAUAUCGAAACGGAAGCAGCAGUCAAGGUGCAAA